GGAAGGACAUUGCAGAGAUCAAGGCCAUGACCAACCCGCCUGAGCCGGUACGCUUGGUCCUCACUGCUGUAUGCAUUAUGAAGGGCAUUGGCGCUGUGAGGGUCCAAGAUAAAGACACCGGCAGAAAGGUGGACGACUACUGGCCUAACGCGAAGAAGAUGGUCAGCGAGAUGGGAUUCCUACAGAGCUUGAAGGACUACGAUAAGGACAACAUACCUCCUGCUGUCAUCAACAAAAUCAAAGACUACACUGUGAAGGACGACUUCCAACCAAGUAGAGUGGCUAAGGUCUCAAAGGCUGCCUAUGGCAUCUGUUGCUGGGUUCGAGCCAUGGAGACUUACGAUAGAGUCGCCAAAGUCGUCGCACCCAAGAGAGAGGCUCUCGCUGCUGCCGAGGCUGAGUACGCCACGGUGAUGGCUGGACUGAAGGAAAAGCAGGCCGAGUUACAAGUGGUUCUCGAUAAGCUGCAAGCUCUCAAUGACAAGCUCAAUGCACUAGAAACGGAGCAGACCAACCUAAAGAAUCAGGUGGAAGACUGCAGUCGAAAACUAGAGAGGGCUGAGCAACUGAUCACAUCCCUUGGUGGUGAGAAGACUCGCUGGACAGCGAUGGCUGAGCAGCUUGGUUACGACUAUGAGAAUCUCACUGGUGACGUCAUUUUGGCGUCUGGUGUAAUCGCCUACCUCGGUGCCUUCACUCCGGAGUUCCGUCGGGAUGCAGUGACUGCCUGGAGCUCUAUCAGCCAGACCAAACAGAUCCCUGGAUCGGCCCAAUUCGCUCUGGAGAAGUGCCUUGGUGAGCCUGUGAAGAUUCGGAGUUGGACUAUCGCGGGCCUCCCCAACGACGCCUUCAGUAUCGAGAAUGGUAUCAUCGUGGACAAGGCCCGGCGUUGGCCGCUAUGUAUCGAUCCGCAGG